CAACGCUAACAGUACCUGCCAAUAUGAGGCCAGCAGAUUACAUUUCAUGCAGCUUUGCGCUGUUCGUCUACAUCACCACCUUCCUGAUCGGGGUACCUGCCAACAUCCUGGCAUUCUGCACCUUUUGCCGAAAGGUGCGUCGCAAACCUGCCCCCAUCGACAUCCUGCUACUCAACCUGACUAUCUCUGACCUCAUCUUCCUUGCCUUCCUGCCCUUCAAGAUGAAGGAGGUUGUUGAUGAUUUUAACUGGACCCUCCCUUACUUUCUGUGUCCAGUCACUGGUUUCCUGUUCUUCUCAACUAUCUACAACAGCACUCUCCUCCUGACCGCGGUGAGUGUGGAGCGCUUCCUCAGCGUGGCGUAUCCCGUAAGGUUCACAGCACCAGGCAGGGUUGUCCACGCACAGUUGGCCUGUGUAGUUUUCUGGAUCCUGUCCCUUGCACACUGCAGUGUUGUCUUCGUAAUGCAAUUAGACAAAGAUGCCGACAACACUACCUGCUAUGGGAAUUUCAAUGAUGUCCAGCUUAUUACCCUUCUCCCGGUACGCUUAGAGAUGUCCCUGGUUCUCUUCUGUGUACCCUUCCUGAUCAGCACCUUCUGCUAUGUCAACUUCAUCCGUAUCCUGUCUAGGCUUCCCAACAUCAGCCAGCACCGGCGCCUGCGCGCCAUUGGGCUGGCGUUGGGGACUCUGCUAGUGUUCGCCCUCUGCUUUGGACCCUACAACGUGUCCCAUAUGGUGGGGAUCAUGCAGAAUAAAGUCCCUACUUGGCGCAACAAUGCCAUUCUGCUCACCACCUUCAAUGCCUGUCUGGACCCCAUCGUCUUCUACUUCUCCUCUUCAGCUAUUAGGAGCACUCUCAACCUGAAGCGAAUCAAGGCUAAGCUCAAUCCAAAGGCCACAGUCCAAAGGCCAUGCUGGUAAUACACCAGACCCUAUGGACUCCACCCAUUCGUCCAGCCAGAGGUUUGUCGCUGCUGCCAAAAGGGGGACAAAUUACACCCCACGAUGAAUCAGUGACUAGUAAAUCAGUUUUGUCCAUCCAUACAAAGUGUACACAAAGCAUUGAAAUUGUGUAUUUCCACAAUGUGAUCUAGAAUUCUGAUACCAUGGUCAAGCAUUUUGAUAGCAUUUGUCCAUCUGAAAACUGCUAUAGACUACUGGUAACUAAGCUUGUGUCCCACAAGGGUUAUUACAGUACAUUUGAAUUACUUGUACAGAGGGUAAUGAUGAGAAUAGUGCAUUAGAAUGGUAAACUUUAAAAUAUGUUAUUAAAGGGAAUAAAGAAGCUUCCAAUUUGUCUUUGUGGCUAAUCUUAUGGCAUGCUUAUUGAGACUGUAAACGCCAGAAUAUCAAUAUGCAAUUGCUGCACAAAUUAUUUAUUUGAAAAAAAUCAGUAUCAGAAAAGUCACAUUGUGGUCAUUGCA